AUGUCGUCUGAAUUUCAUGCGCAGUUUAUUGCCGAUUUUUCUAAACUCUUGGAAAGCGGCAAAGAUUACGAUCUUGUUCUUUAUGCCGGGGAGGGACAGUCCCGACAACAGUUUAAUGUACACAAGUUGAUAUUGUCUAGUCGCUCAGAUUAUUUUCAAGCAGCCUUAUCUAGUAAUUGGUUAAAAAAGCAAGGAGAAUACUAUGUCUUUGAAAAGUCAAACAUUGAUGGCGACGUGUUUAAGGUUCUUCUCAGGUAUUUUUACACCGGAAAAGUCAACGUAAAUUCUAUUGGGGAAGAAAAACUUCUUGAACUGCUAUACGCAUGUGAUGAACUGGGGCUCACCGAAUUGAUUCCGUUUAUACAGGACCACUUUAUUACAACAAAGCCGAAAUUUAUAUGCGAAAAUGCUGGCUAUGUCUUUAAAUCAAUAUUUAAAUUUGCAUCCUGCGAAAAACUCAAAGAUGUCUGCCUUAGAGCAAUUAUUCUGGAUCCAACUAAAUUGUUUUUCUCUCAAUCUUACCUGGAACUUGAUGUCGAUACAAUAAUUAUGAUUUUAAAGAAAAAGUUAUCGAUCAAUGAGUUGGAAUUAUGGAGACAUAUUAUAACCUGGGGACGUGCCCAACACCCGAACCUGAAGAGAGAUCAUACCAAAUGGUCGGAAGAUGAUAUUAAAUUAAUGACAGAAAGUAUAAAACCGUUGAUUGGGCAAGUUAACUUUCUUUCAAUGGCACCAAAUGAAUAUUAUGAUGAGGUCAGACCAUACAGGAAACUAUUGCCCAAACAAUUAAGAGACCAAAUUAAAAAGAAAAUUAUGGUACCAACACGGUUUGAACAAUCUCUAUUGGCACAAAAGCGAACAAAAAUAUUUGAAUCACAGCUAAUUGAUUUGUCAGUUGUUCCAGUUAUAGCUUCAUGGGUCGACAAUCGAAAUGAAGCCUACACAUUGUUGGAUCUUCCCUAUACUUUUAAACUUAUUUUCAGAGGAAGCACAGCUGGCUUUAAAGAUCACAAGUUUUUUGCAGCAUGUAGUCUAAAAUCUUCAACGAUUAUUAUCACGAAAAUUAAAAAUCAACCAUACAUUAUGGGUGCUUACAAUUUCCACAGUUGGAAGAAAAACCCACCAAAGGUAUCAGCAAAGAGUUUUCUCUUUGAAUUACCCAAUGGAAACUCGGCUAGGGGAGCAUCCGUGGGAAGACGCAAGGGGACUUUGCCUCAUAGGUUACAGUAUGGUGUAGGUAUAAGUUUAUGUUCAGCAUUUACCAUCAGUGAUCAAUCUUGGAAAUCGAGUUACGAAGAUUGCCAUUAUGAUUUGAGGUUUCGCAUCAAGGUUGGUAUCAUUGAAGAUUAUGAAGUUUUUGAAUUGAUAAAUUUAGAUCCGUCAAUUUUUCAGUAG